GCCGCUCCGACGUCACUGCCAGGAGCUGUCCACGCAGCGGUGGUGCUGAAGCUGAACAAGAUGGCUGAGUGUUGGGGAGCGGAGAGCUGAGAAAGAAGGGGGAGGAAAGAGUUUAAAAUCAAGACAGAGGCGCCAUAAAUAAGACGGAGAGGACUGCGACGCUGGCGUUCACCCUCGAAGUGUGAAGACUUUUAUGUAUGUCAGGCGUAACGAUUCCUGCCAGGCCCUGGUGCUGCUAGCGACGGCAGGCGUCUCCAUCUCCAGCCCACCGAUUCAUUCCCAGGCUGUAUAUUGCACAGAUUAACCCAAAUAAAGGAAACUAGUGAAGAAGCUGGACCCUGUACUAAAGGCGCAGUUAAGAAAUGUCAUUGCUGUGUGUUGGAGUGAAGAAAGGCAAGCUUGAUGGACCCCAAGAGAAAUUUAACACUUACGUGACCCUGAAGGUGCAGAAUGUUAAGAGCACAACCAUCGCUGUGCGCGGCAGUCAGCCGUGCUGGGAGCAAGACUUUAUGUUUGAAAUAAACCGGUUGGAUCUGGGCCUGACAGUUGAGGUGUGGAAUAAAGGGCUGAUCUGGGACACCAUGGUGGGCACCUUAUGGAUCCCCCUGCGCAGCAUACGGCAGUCAAAUGAGGACGGUCCAGGUCAAUGGUUGACCCUGGACUCCAACGUCAUCAUGGCUGAGAAUGAGAUUUGUGGAACCAAAGACCCGACCUUUCACAGGCUGCUGCUCGACACCCGCUUUGAACUGCCACUAGACAUUCCAGAGGAAGAAGCGAGAUACUGGGCCAAGAAACUUGAACAACUAAAUGCCAUGAGAGACCAAGAUUAUGCCUACCAAGAGGAACAGGAGCGACCACUCCAUGCGCCAACCACUCAGUGCUGUAAUUGGAGUCUGUGGGGAGAUCAGCAAAACGAGGACCCAGACAGCGCUGUGGACGACAGGGACAGCGACUACCGCAGUGAGACCAGUAACAGCAUCCCACCUCCCUACUACACCACUUCCCAGCCCAACGCUUCCAUGCACCAGUAUCCCAUGAGACACCAUCACUACAGACACUCCUACAACGAUGAGAUCCACGAGAUGGACUAUGACCACAGAGCCAUGAGUCCCACAGACAGUCGUUAUGCCUCAUCGGGCGAAUUGAGUCGAGGCAGCUCUCAACUCAGUGAGGAGUUUGUUCCUGAGGACGGCGAGAGCUUGCGAGGCUCAGAGUUCUACGAUGAAAACGACUCCUACCACUCCUGCCACUCCUCCGUCAGCUACGGCAAAGAGGAUUCCCCAGGCUGGGAUGGUGAGGACCAGCAAGCUGUCUACAGCGACGAGGGAGGCUACCUCAAAGAUGGAGGGGAGGAUAGGGCACUAUAUGACGAAGAGGAUGGAGACAUGUACGGGGAGGAAGGAGAGUACAACUACGAAGAUGAGGAGGAGAUGCCAUAUGAGGAGGAUGAAGAUAUGUAUCCACUGGAUGGCACUCUCAGUGAAGACCAGGAGCCGCCCUACACCCCCACACCCACAAGCACUGCCCCCACUCUGAUGCCCCCCUCUGACACUCUGACCUCCAGCAGGCCACCGCUGGAGAAACAGGCGUCGCUGCAUCAGCAGCGGCCAGCCCAUGAUCAGCUCCAGCCCCCCAGCACUGCUCCUGGUCUACCUCCAGUCAAACAGGAUGACACCACCUUGCCCCCUUUUGGUGCAGAACCCACCAAACCUCCCUUUGCACCCACCCAACCAGAUCUGUCUACCACCACUACAUCCACUCCAACAAGUACAUCACAGGUUCCAGCUCCGGAUACCAAGCCCCUGGAGCCUGAGCCAAUAUCUGAGGUCCCGCCAGAGGAACCCCGACCACCCGAGCAGCCUUCGGCAGCAGAGAGCAUUCCUCCAGCUCCUGAAGAGAAAACAGAGCAGCCUCCUGUUCCAAGCUUCCCAAAGAGGGAAAUCAUGGAACCCGGUCCUGCCAGAGCUAAAGCCAACUGGCUUCGACUUUUCAGCAGAGUACGACUACAGCUGCAAGAGGCCCGAGGAGAGAGUGUUGGCAUCGCCUCCCUGCUUUUAUCAGCGGGGAUGGGUGGUGCUCUUUAUAGCAUUGACAGCAUGCCAGACCUCAGGAAGAGGAAAGCUAUGCCUCUGGUCAGAGAUCUGUCCUUGGUUCAGAACUCCAGGAAGGCUGGCAUCACCUCGGCCCUGACGUCCAGCACCCUGCAUAACGAAGAACUGAAGAGUCACGUCUACAAGAAGACCCUCCAGGCCCUCAUUUAUCCCAUCUCCUGCACCACCCCGCACAAUUUUGAGGUGUGGACAGCCACCACCCCCACUUACUGCUAUGAGUGUGAGGGGCUGCUGUGGGGCAUUGCUCGUCAGGGCAUGCGCUGUACUGAGUGUGGAGUCAAAUGCCACGAGAAGUGCCAGGAUCUACUCAAUGCCGAUUGUCUGCAAAGAGCAGCAGAGAAGAGCUCCAAACACGGCGCAGAGGACCGAACCCAGAACAUCAUCAUGGUUCUUAAAGACCGCAUGAAGAUCCGCGAGAGGAACAAGCCUGAGAUCUUCGAACUCAUUCAGGAAGUCUUCACUGUCGUCAAGUCCACUCAUGUCACCCAAAUGAAGCAGAUCAAGCAGAGCGUGCUCGAUGGCACCUCUAAAUGGUCGGCAAAGAUCAGCAUCACAGUGUUGUGUGCCCAGGGUUUACAAGCCAAGGAUAAAACCGGCUCCAGUGAUCCAUAUGUCACUGUCCAGGUGGGAAAGACCAAAAAGAGGACCAAAACCAUCUACGGCAACCUCAACCCUGUGUGGGAAGAGACAUUCAACUUUGAAUGUCACAACUCCUCAGACCGCAUCAAGGUGCGAGUGUGGGAUGAGGACGAUGACAUCAAAUCUCGUGUGAAGCAGAAGUUCAAACGGGAGUCAGACGACUUCCUCGGUCAAACUAUCAUCGAGGUCCGAACUCUGAGCGGAGAAAUGGACGUGUGGUACAAUCUGGACAAGCGUACAGACAAAUCAGCUGUGUCUGGGGCUAUCCGCAUGCACAUUAAUGUAGAGAUCAAAGGAGAGGAGACGGUCGCCCCGUAUCACGUUCAGUACACCUGUCUGCAUGAAAACCUCUUCCACUAUGUGACAGAUAUCCAGAACAACGGUGUGGUGAAGAUCCCUGAUGCCAAAGGGGAUGAUGCAUGGAAAGUCUACUUUGAAGAGACUCCCCAGGAAAUUGUUGAUGAGUUUGCCAUGCGUUACGGAGUGGAGUCCAUCUACCAAGCCAUGACUCACUUUGCCUGCCUGUCAUCUAAGUACAUGUGCCCAGGUGUGCCUGCAGUAAUGAGUACCCUGCUGGCCAACAUCAAUGCCUACUACGCUCACACCACCCAAGCAACUAACAACGUCUCUGCCUCCGACCGCUUUGCUGCUUCUAACUUUGGGAAAGAACGAUUUGUGAAGCUACUAGACCAGCUGCACAACUCUCUGAGGAUUGACUUGUCCAUGUACAGGAACAAUUUCCCAGCCAGCAGUCCUGAGAGGCUGCAGGACCUCAAGUCCACAGUGGACCUCCUCACCAGUAUCACCUUCUUCAGAAUGAAGGUCCAAGAGCUUCAGUCUCCACCCAGAGCCAGUCAGGUAGUGAAGGAUUGUGUCAAAGCCUGCCUCAACUCCACCUACGAGUACAUCUUUAAUAACUGUCAUGAGCUGUACAGCCGCGAGUAUCAGACAGACCCGGCCAAGCAGGGCGCAGUGCCUCCAGAGGAGCAGGGACCAAGCAUCAAGAAUCUGGACUAUUGGUCCAAACUCAUCACACUUAUUGUCUCCAUCAUUGAGGAGGACAAGAACUCUUACACUCCCUGCCUAAACCAAUUUCCCCAGGAACUCAACGUGGGUAAAAUCAGUGCUGAAGUGAUGUGGAACCUGUUUGCUCAGGAUAUGAAGUAUGCGAUGGAGGAACAUGAAAAAAAUCGCUUGUGCAAGAGUGCAGAUUACAUGAACCUGCACUUCAAGGUCAAGUGGCUGUACAACGAGUACUGCAAAGACCUGCCUUUCUUCAAGAGCAGAGUGCCUGAAUAUCCUGCGUGGUUUGAGCCGUUUGUCAUCCAGUGGCUGGACGAGAACGAGGAAGUGUCUCGGGACUUUCUGCAUGGCGCUUUGGAGAGAGACAAGAAAGAUGGGUUCCAAGUCACAUCAGAACAUGCUCUGUUUUCCUGUUCGGUGGUGGACGUCUUUUCUCAGCUCAACCAGAGCUUUGAGAUCAUCAGGAAGCUGGAGUGUCCGGAUCCACAGAUUGUAGGACACUAUAUGAAACGAUUUGCUAAGACCAUCAGCAAUGUACUUCUGUCAUAUGCUGAUAUCAUCUCCAAGUUGUUUGCCAACUAUGUCACUAUGGAGAAAGUGCCCUGCAUCCUGAUCAACAACAUCCAACAGCUGAGAGUUCAGCUGGAGAAGAUGUUUGAAGCCAUGGGUGGAAAAGAUCUGUGUGUGGAGGCCAGUGACAUCCUGAAAGACUUGCAGGUUAAACUCAACAAUGUCAUGGAUGAUCUCAGCAGGGUCUUUGCUGUCAGUUUCCAGCCUCACAUAGAGGAGAAUGUGAAGCAGAUGGGAGAUAUCUUGGCUCAGGUGAAAGGAACCUCAAAUGUUGGGAACGCCAGCAGUGUGGCCCAGGAUGCCGACAACGUCCUGCAACCCAUCAUGGAGUUCCUGGACAGCAACCUGUCUUUAUUUGCUAAGAUCUGUGAGAAGACUGUGCUGAAACGUGUGUUGAAGGAGUUGUGGAAGCUGGUGAUGAACACCAUGGAGAAGACCAUCGUCCUGCCGCCACUCACAGACCAAACGGGGAGGCUGAAGAGUGCUUCUCACAGUGAUGGCACUCAGCUCAUCUUUAAUGCUGCCAAGGAGCUGGGACAGCUGUCCAAGCUCAAGGAGCACAUGGUUCGAGAGGAGGCCAAAGCGCUCACACCUAAGCAGUGUGCUGUGAUCGAGCUGGCCUUGGACACCAUCAAGCAAUAUUUCCAUGCUGGUGGUGUGGGUCUGAAGAAGACUUUCUUGGAGAAGAGUCCUGAUCUCCAGUCUCUCCACUACGCCCUGUCCCUCUACACGCAGGCUACAGAUAAACUCAUUAAGACCUUUGUCCAGUCACAGAACGCACAAGGCUCUGGGGUGGACGAUGCUGUGGGAGAGGUGUCCAUCCAUGUGGAGAUUUUCACUCACCCCAACACUGGAGAGCACAAAGUCACAGUGAAAGUGGUGGCUGCCAACGACCUGAGGUGGCAAACGCAGGGAAUAUUCCGGCCAUUUGUGGAGGUCUAUAUCAUCGGGCCUCACCUCAGUGACAAGAAGAGGAAGUAUGCCACCAAGUCGAAGAACAACAGCUGGGCUCCAAAAUACAAUGAAACCUUCACUUUCACCCUGAGCAACGAGGUGGGUCCUGAGUGCUACGAGCUGCAGGUGUGUGUGAAGGACUACUGCUUCGCCCGAGAGGACCGCACCGUGGGCAUGGCCGUCCUGCAGCUGAAGGAUGUGGCCUCCAAAGGCAGCGUCGCCUGCUGGCUGCCGCUGGGCAAACGCAUCCACAUGGACGAGACGGGCCUCACCGUGCUGCGCAUCCUCUCCCAGCGCAACAACGACGACGUGGCCAAGGAAUUCGUCAAGCUCAAGUCCGACCAGCGCUCUGCAGAGGAGGGCCGCGGCUAAGAGGCAAAACCCCAAUUUAAAACAACCUGUCUGAAGCUCGAUCAGACGUCACCUACUACUGCCCUGGAGCUCUCCUGAGCCACUGCUAGCCACUGCCCUGAUGAUCCAGUGUUGUAAAAGCACACAUAAGACAACAGCCACCACACAUCCAGUGCUGUAAAUACAUUCAUUUGAGUGGGAAGGACGCAGUGUAAAAAAAAAAAAAAAAAGAGCAUCACUCUAGUUUUCUUCAAAAAAAAAAGCACCCGUGUCUUUAUUGUUACAGAUAUUAUCAGCCAUCUUUUUGAAGAACAAUGCAUAAAGUUUAAUCAUAGAGCAUAUAACUACUUACCUCUAUCAGUAGAGGUCACUCAUGCCAUUACAUACUAAUAUUACACACACACACACACACACCUCAUUUGACUGGUAAGGGUGAGAAAUAUCUUGUAGCCUUUUAACGUUUUGGCUUUCUCUCUCACUUUUCUCUGCCUUUUUUUUAUUUUACCCCACCUACUUCCCAGCUCCUCUUGUCCCUUCCUCUGGCCCUGCACCUGCUCAGAGAAGGGACCGCAAGUGCCAACAGAUAAUCACUGAAAUAUGCCAAGACCAGCCCUAAGCACAACAGGACCAACUGUCCAACUGACCCAUUAACGACGACAACAAACGGCUGCAAGGCCUCAAAACAUUCCAAAUAUCGGGAGGGUUACACAUAUUGGGAACAAAGCACUAUUUAGUUAUGAUACUUUUAAUUCAAAUAUUUAUUUACUGGUUUCCAAAUGAUAUUAAUAUUUAAGAAAUUCUAUAUAUAAUCAUAUAUGAUAUAUGACAGACAUAUGUAAAGUUAUAAUACAGGAUUAUUCGAUGGACGUGUGGUACUUGAAAGAUUGUCUUUGUCUGUCUUUAUGUCCGUCUACCCUGUAACAGAGCACACUGCCUGACACCCUCAAUGCCUUCUGUCUCGUUGACCCUCGUACAGUAUGUCUGUCUCCUAUAUAGCGACUGUAUGGAGAGAUUCAUCUGAUGAAAACAAGCCUUCAAGCACUGUGAUUCAUCAGAAUAUAUAUGUGUGUGUGUGUGUGUGUGUGUGCGUGCGAGAAUGAGCGUGUGAAUGUAUGAUUUGAGCACGUGCGGAGCUCAUAACGCGCGUUUGUAUAAUGUUGACCUCAUGUAGCCGCGUGUGUUGCCCGUUACCUGCAAAUGUAAUCACAGAAAGCUGCCACAAAGCAAAGAGCAUCACACACAAAGGGGGGUUUGUUCAUAUUCUGAUUAGAUUUUGGAGAUUUUUCUAAGUGUCUUUUACUUCGGGGGAGGAUGCGUCUCAUACCCUAUGACGGUUAUUUUUGUGUUACUACUAACAUUCCAGACAGCCCUAAAGUGGGUGUGCAAGUGUGUGAGAAUGCAUGAUAGAAGAAGAAAGACUUAUCUUAAAACUUAACCACCUCCUUUUCUUUAAAAAAAAAAAAAAAAUUAAAACGUGCUUGUAAGGAGAUGAUAAAAAUCCAUGAGACCUUAUUUCGCAAAAGCAACAUCACUCUACGUGGGUACAAAACCACACACCCUGCACUCUGGGGUGAGCACAAAUCACCGAUGAUCCACCGCCAUCCCAUGAUCCCUAAUGAUCCAGCUGCAGGUGCUGUAACCCUGAUCGAGAAGUCAGACCUCUUCUAAAAAGGGCUGCAGAGCCAGACCACACCGGGUCUGGCGCUGACAUUUAAAAGAGGGCCUACAGUUCAGUCUGUUACUCUUAAUCGGUGUAGAGUGAAGAGUUAAGCACAGGGUCUUUGCUGCACCCAUAAUAACAUGUUUAUACUCUGAUCUUUGUUUCUGCUUGUUUGUCUUUUUAUGGAGUUACACAUCAAAUCUUUGAAUCAUUUGACAGUUAUUCAAUUAUUGAUUACAUUAGAAUUCAAUUGAUUCUGUCAAAUUCACAUGCAACUAACUGUUGUGAAUUUACUAACAGUCCAGCAUGUCUCUUAAUUCAACUUCUAUUUUCACCUUUAAAAAAAAAAAAAAAGAUUGAUUGGUUUCUUCAUCUAAAAGGGGUUUGUAUGUUUGUCAGGCCAAGGAAAUAAUGUUGAUGAUUGGAAUCCUUAGGAUGACAGGGUGUUUUUUUUUUUUUUUCUAUUUCAUUCAACUGAUGAGGGCCUCUCCCCCCUUCAAAGCACUUGAUAGUUAUCUGACUACUUCAACAGGCCCACUCAACAAGGUGUAAGAACUGAACUCUAUGCAUCUAAUCUAUAAAAAAAUCUAUGUAGACAAGUCAUUUUUUUGAAACAGUCUUAUAAUGUUUACAUUGUGGAUUAUUCUUCUUCUUAUAUCAGCACAAGUGUUUUUGUCUGAUAUGUUGUAAAUGCUGUCUCUAUCGUAAUGGGCCAAAUAUCACAGCUUUAGUAGAGACUGAAAUUUGUUUGUGCAGCUUCUCAGCACAGACACCAGGAACAGGAAGAUCCGAUUGUUGUCGUGGGCAUUGUAAAUAGCUCGGAUGUCACAAACACAUGUCAGACUAUGUGAAGUAAAGUUUGCUGCUCUUUUGUAGACUUGAAUUUUGCUCUGGGUUGACGGGGCAGUUGGGGAAUUAUGUGUGUGGUUGCCCAACUGGAUAUGUAGCUAUUAUUGAGAGAUAUAUAUGAAGGAUGCGUACACACUGGAGAUGUACAACUGAUUUGAAAAAUGUGCACAAAAACUGAUCAAAUGAGCUGAAUUAGAAGCUAGUUUCUGACAUUUACACUGGUUAUACACUAAAUCUAAUCAUGUUGUGUCACUCUCUGGUGUGUACAGCGUAUUUUAUUCAAAGACAAUAUCUGCACAGUCUUUUAAUAACUUUAAAAUCACAGGAACACAACUAUCACAUCGCUGGAAAUGCCACGAAAAAAAAAAUCUUUAUUUAUUGCUGUCG